CUACCGAGCGUACCGUGCCUUGGCGGAAAGGUAUGAUCACACAACGGGGGGGCUCCGCCAGGCUGAUUGAACCAUGGCAAAAGCAUUUCCUAACCAAGUCCCGUUUGUACUGUCUGAUGAUUCACCUUCGGGAUCUUCAGCACAUGAACGUGAAUGUCACACGCCUGAAAUGCCACAUCAGUAUGAGCAUUUCUUGGAGAAAAUAUCUAAGUUGGAGAGUGAACUCUCUUGUGCUCAAGAGGAAAUCAGAUGCCUUAACAGUGUGGUUCUGAUUGAGAUUGCAAAGCUCAAGAGUGCUGAAGAAAAGUGUGUUCUGUUGGAGACAUCAAAUCAAUCCCUGCGGUUAGAGGCAGAAAAUCUAGUGAAGAAGAUAGCAAUGAAAGAUCAACAGCUUUCUGAGAAGCACGAGGAGUUGGAAAAGCUUCAGGCUUGUGUACAAGAUGAGCAAUUGCGUUUCGUGCAAGUUGAAGCCACUCCCCAAACUUUGCAGAAUUUGCACUCUCAAUCUCAACAGGAGCAGAAUGCUUUAGCAUUGGAGCUUAAAAAUGGGCUUCAAAUGUUGAAAGACUUGGAAAUAUGCAAACAUGAUUGGGAGGAAGAAAUUCGGCAAGUUAAGGAGGAGAAUAGGAACAUGAAUGAGCUGAAUUCAUCAUUCGCCAUUUCAGUGGAGAAUCAGCAAAGUGAAAUCCUUAAAUUGAGGGAGAUGAAGGAAAGACUCAAGGAGGAGGUUGGACUGCAAAUGGGUCAAACUAAUUCCCUCCUGGAAGAGAUUUCUCAUCUGAAAGAGGAAAUCAAGGACUUGAAUAAGAGAUAUCAGGCUUUAAUGGAGCAAGUGGAGUCAGUUGGUUUGAACCCAGAAUGUAUUGCGUCAUCCGUGAGAUAUUUGCAGGAUGAGAACCCAAAGCUGAGACAGAUUUGCAAGGAGGACAGAGAUGAUAAAGAAGCUCUUUUCAAGAAAUUGGAGAACAUGGAACAACUUUUAGAAAAGAAUGUUGUUUUGGAGAGUUCGCUGUCAGAUUUGAGCAGUGAGUUGAAAGGGUCACAAGCAAAUGUCAAGGCAUUGCAAGAGUCUUGCCAAUCUCUCCAUGGUGAAAAAUCUGCUCUUGUUUCUGAUAAAGCAGCCCUUCUGUCUCAGUUACAAAUUAUUACUGAGAAUAUGCAGAAGAUCCUGGGGAAAAACACCGUUCUUGAGAAUUCCCUCUUUGGUGCAAAUGUUGGACUUGAAGGUCUGAGGGAAAAAUCAAAGAGCUUAGAAGAACUCUGCAAGUCGCUGAAUAAUGACCAGUCUAAUCUUAUUGCUGAAAGAGGUACUUUGGUUGUUCAAUUGGACAACGUUGAGUGGAGACUAGAAAACCUGGAAAUGAGAUUUGCAGUAUUGGAACAAAAAUACGCUAGCAUGGAGAAGGAGAAAGAAUCCACGCUAUCUCAAGUGGAAGAACUAAAGGUGUCUCUAGGUGUAGAAAAACAAGAGCGGGCAAGUUUUGCAUUGUCAAGUGGGGCACGAUUGGCUUGUUUGGAAAACCAUAUCCAACUCUUUCAAGAAGAAACUAGGUGGAGGAAGAAAGAAUUCGAAGAAGAACUUGACAAAGCUAUGAAUGUCCAGUUUGAGAUCUUUGUCUUACAGAAGUUUAUACAAGACAUGGAACAAAAGAAUUACACUCUAUUGGUGGAGUGUCAGAAACAUGUUGAGGCAUCCAAAUUGACGGAGAAACUGGUUUCGGAGUUGGAGAGUGAAAAUCUUGAGCAGCAGGUGGAAGCAGGACUCUUGUUAGAUCAAAUUGAAAAGCUAAGGAUGGGUAUAUAUCAAGUGUUCAAGGCUCUUGAAAUUGGUCAAGAUAAUGAACUGGAUGAUGAAAUUGGAGGCCUUAAGGCUCGGUUAUUUGCAUAUGCUCCUGCCAUAGAUUCUCUGAGUGAUAACAUAGCAUCACUUGAGCACAAUAUCCUCUCUUUGCCAGAGCUUAACGUUGCUGACAAUCAAGAACAAAAGCUAAACCUUGAUCCUUCUCUUUCUUGCACAUAUUCCAGGAUGUGGAAUUUGGUUCAUUAUCAUGAGAAAAGCUGUCAAGAACCGAUGGAAGAUCAUAACUCUGCGAUACCGAACAGAAUUCCAGAAUUGCAGAAUUUACAGACUAGGAUGAAAGCAGUUGAACAGGUUGUACCAGAAGAGAAGAAAAAGCUGGUGAUGCAGAAAAGCUUAAACACCAACAUCAAGCUAGACGCUGCUUUGAAAGAGUUUGAAGAGUUGAAAUCCAACUACAGUGUCAGUCUAAAAAAAGACAAACAAAUGGCAGAGAUGGAGCUUCGAGAUGAGCUCGUUGACAGACUCAAGUUGCAGAAAACAAAACCAGAAAUUUCUGAAGUGAGGAAUGGGAUUCUGAUGAAAGAUAUUCCGUUUGAUCACGUUUCAGACAGUUCGUUGAAUGGAAUAAGCAGGAGCAGGAAUCGUGGGGCUGAUGAUCAGAUGCUUGAGUUAUGGGAAGCUGCUGAGGACGGCUGUGGUCUUGAUCGAACACUCAAAGAGUCACAAAAGCAAGCAAAAAAACCAACAGAGGAUGAUACUCUGUGCCAGGAGUUUGAGCAUGUGGAGCACAAGAAUGAAAAUCACUCUUCAGAGUUACAAGUUGAGAAGGAGUUGGGUGUUGAUAGAUUAGAGGCACCCACGUGUGUUCCUGAGCCACAUCAGGAUCAGAACAAGAAAAAGAUCUUGGAGAGACUCGAUUCAGAUACUCAGAUGCUGAAGAACCCUAUGAUAACAGUAGAAGACCUAAGAAGGAAAUUGGAGAUGAACAAGAAGAGAAAAAAGGCGAAGCGCAUUGAUUUUGAGACAGUGAAGGAACAGUUACAAGAAGUUGAGGAAACUAUCGUGCAGCUCGUGGAGGUCAACGGUCAACUGUCACAAAAUAUCGAAGAGAGCCCAUUGCAUUUGGAUGGAAAUGCUUCACCAGAGUUGGAAGAGGCCGGGGAUGUCCAAAGAAAGAGAGUCUUGGAACAGGCACGAAAAGGGUCUGAAAAGAUCGGACGGUUGCAAUUGGAGGUUCAAAAAAUCCAUUACGUCUUGCUGAAACUAUUGGAUGAAAAGAAAAACAACGAGAAAAGCCGAUUUUCCAGGAGCAAAAACCUGAGAGACUUCAUUCACAGUGGGAGAAGUAGCCCACGACGGAAAAAGGCUGGUCUUUUCGGGUGUUUCAGACUUCCAACCAAUGGAGACGAUCUUGUUCCAUCUUUAGUUCAGAGGAUCUGUAUGAAUUAG